AUGCUUAUCUUUCUGCAAAUUCAAACGGUGCUGAGUCACUGUGGAGUUGCAGUAUGGGAAGCAGGAUUAGAGAAAGGAGGGAAGGUGAAGCCAGGAGAAGUUUGCAGGACAAUAAUGAAGUGUCUACGGUCAGGGGAGUCGUUGGGAGGAGCUGACGAAGUGUUUCCUUCAUCUGGAUCUCUUGCAAGUGCAACCAAGGACUUUUCAGCUAGUGAACACUCUUGCUUAGCUGAACACAUUGAUAAGAAGCCGGACACUGGGAACAUAGAAGAAGCUGAGUCAUCCUUACGCGAGAGUGGUGUCUUGAACUAUGAGGAAGCUAGAGCUCUGCUAGGAAGAUAUGAAUAUCAGAAAGGAAAUAUAGUAGCUGCUUUACAUGUCUUUGAGGGAAUAGACAUAGGUGUUGUGACUCCUAAGAUCAAGCUUGCCCUUUCCAGAAGCAGAGAACGCCGCAAGAGACAUUCUCAAAAUCAUGGUGAACCACAAAUGUCUAUACAUUCUGUUGGCUUACUAUUGGAAUCUAUCUUCCUGAAAGCAAAAUCUUUGCAGAUUCUUGAAAAGUUUAAAGAGGCUGCUCAAUCUUGCAAAGUUAUUCUAGAUAUAGUGGAGUCUUCAUUGCCCGAAGGCUUGCCUGAUAACUUCAGUGCUGAAUGUAAAUUGCAGGAGACCCUGAAUAAAGCAGUUGAACUGCUUCCAGAAUUAUGGAAACUUGCUGAUUGUCCACGUGAAGCUAUUUUGUCUUACCGACGAGCACUACUUCAUCAAUGGAAUCUUGAUGCAGAGACUAUAGCAAAGAUUCAGAAAGAAUUUGUUGUUUUUCUUCUUUACAGUGGAGGAGAAGCCACACCCCCUAAUCUCCGUUCCCAAAUGGAUGGGUCAUUUGUACCUAGAAACAACAUAGAAGAGGCUAUACUUCUUUUACUGAUUUUGUUAAGAAAAGCCACUCUAAAUAGAAUUGAAUGGGAUCCUUCAAUUUUAGACCACCUUUCAUUUGCUCUGUCAGUUUCUGGAGAUUUGACAGCUUUAGCCAAUCAAUUGGAAGAAUUGCUUCCACGGACUAUUCAUAGAAGUGAAAGGUACUAUGCUCUAGCCCUUUGUUAUUCUGGAGCAGGUAAGGAUCUGGUAGCACUGGAUCUUCUCAGAAAGUUGUUGAGUAGUAGAGAGGACCAACACCAUGUUCCUGGUUUGUUAAUGGCUUCUAAGAUUUGUUGUGAGAACUCUUCUCUUGCAGAAGAAGGAGUAAGCUUUGCGAAGCGAGUGCUUCAGAACUUGGAUGGUAGAUGUAAUCAUCUAGAAAAUCAUGCCAAUUUCUUUCUUGGUGUCUCACUUUCAGCACAGUCGAAAUUGGCCAUUUCUGAUUCUGAGAGGUUUAAUAGACAGUCUGAGGCACUUCAUGCCCUAGAAACAUCUGCCAAGGCGAGAAACCCCCUUGUACUAUACCAUCUCAGUCUAGAAUAUGCAGAACACAGGAAAUUGGAUUCUGCACUUUAUUAUGCGAAUUGCUUUAUAAAACUGGAAGGUGGCUCUAAUGUUAAAGGAUGGUUGUUAUUAGCCCGGAUAUUGUCUGCUCAAAAACAGUUCUUGGAUGCUGAAACUGUUAUCGACUCUGCUUUGGAUCAAACUGGAAAAUGGGAUCAGGGUGAUUUGUUGCGAACAAAAGCUAAACUUCAAAUUGCACAGGGCAAGUUAAGAAAUGCCAUUGGAACAUAUACUCAGCUUCUUGCUGUUCUUCAAAUUCAGAGCAAAGGUUUUGGUUCUUGUUCUGGAAAGAAGCUAUAUAAGGACAAUAGAGAUCGUUCUAGGAACUUGGAAGUGGAAAUAUGGCAUGAUAUUGCUUAUGUAUAUAUCAGUCUUUCACAGUGGCAUGAUGCAGAGGUGUGCCUUUCAAAAUCCAAGGCCAUCAAACCACUCUCUGCAUCUAGAUGCCAUGCAAUAGGCAUAAUGUACGAAGCAAAGGGCCAUUACAAAGAGGCUCUAAAAUCUUUUGCUGAUGCUUUGGACAUUGAUCCUGGCCAUGUCCUUAGCUUAGUCUCCUCUGCCGUAGUUCUUAAACGAUGUUGUAAUCACUCAAAUCCAGCAGUUAAAAGCUUUCUGAUGGACGCACUGCGGCACGACAGAUUCAAUGCUUCUGCUUGGUAUAACCUUGGUCUUCUUCACAAGGCUGAGGUUAAAGCAUCAUCAUUAGUUGAAGCUGCAGAAUGUUUUCAAGCAGCACAUUUUCUUGAAGAAUCUGAACCUGUGGAACCUUUCAGAUGA